AUGGGCCUAAAACAGUUCAACCAGGAUAUAUCCGCAUCUAAAGCGAUUGAGAUCAAUGGAGUAUCAGACAUUCGAAAAGGAGACUCAGAUGGCGAGGUUGUCUUUACCUGGUCUCUCAAUGACGAUACACCAUCCCUGGUUAUCCAAAUCUUGGUCCUUGAUGUCGAUUCCUAUCCAAAAAGUUCAAGCGUCAUGAUAUUCACAGAAUCCGAACAUUCCAUGGUCGAUGUCUCUUCUCUUUCUGAACGUCUGUCGGCGUCUCUUGCAAAUAAGGAUGUUCAGACCAUCAUAAAAGUUGUUGCAGAGAAGCUUCUUCUCAAGGUAGAGGCCGGUGCCGAAGAUGAUGAAAGUCCCGAAUCAGAUGCCGACUCGGAUGAUGUGUUAGACUCAUUUGAUGAGGAAGAGCUGGAAUCACUAUACGAGGACCAUAUGAACGAGUACUCUCUCUCCACGACUUCAGCCAGGCAACGUUUGGACCAACCUAGCGGCACUCCACUUUCGUUCGCUCGUCUAAAGAAAGAUUUAAACAUUGCUCGAUCAGCAGGUAUUUCAGUGGGAAUUUAUCCCAGAGGGCCAAUUCGCGAGGCUGAGUUUUUCUCCCUCUCUCUCCGAGCAAACAAACUUGGUAUCCCCGAGCAUGCUCUAGAAGCAUGGGGCCUUGAACCUCGCGAUUAUGUAGUUCUUUUGUGUAAAUUUUCAUCACACUAUCCGACUAUUUCAGAAUUAUUAAACGACGACGACUGGAAGCCUCAGUUCCGGUUUGGCAAGUGUUCAAAGCCUAAGCCAUCCCCGGACACUGCUCGCUUGGCCUUGAAGACAGUGUCUGAUGCUGUUUUUGAUAACCAGAAUACCUCAAACAACAAGGCUAAAGAUACCAGUGGAAGCUUUGUGCCUCUUUAUAUGUCCAACUCAAUCAACAUGCUUAUGAAUAAUGAAUUUUUAGCAUUGUUAAAGUUAAGACGGAGCGAGGGCUUAUCCUGGGACACGGCUGUGGAUCGCCUCAGAUCGCUCGCCAGGGGUGAAUUUUCUCGGAAUGCAGUUGCUGGCGAAAAUGGUACAUCAGACACUCCGGUUUUCGAGAAUGCUACAGUGGACACUCUUGUUUCAGAAAAUGCAAUACCGUCAUUAAGCCAUGACUAUGCUUUGGAUCAAGAUGAGAACUUCAGCCUUCCUGUGACCGCCAUGCAACUUGCACUUCGCCGCUUCGCCCGCUGUACAAAAUAUUGUAUGGUGUGUCACAAAAGGCUAGAAGAUGAGUUCGAGGCUCUCAAACCUUACGUCUGCCAUGAAACUUUGUGCAUUUACCAGUUUACGACUCUUGGAUUGGGCGCAAGCAUUGAGCACGAGAUCGUCAGCAACCCAUAUGUCGUUGACAUUCUGAUUAGCUUCUUCGCUGCGGCCCUUGGUAGCCCUAGAAGUCUACGAAACUUCCCCGUCGGUCUAGGUCUAAAGAGCGUCCCCACUGGAGAUGGUAGUGAAGCGGCAGUGCAGACCGUUGCCGAAGCCUGCUUCUACAACAAGACGAUCCGCUUCGACCCAAAUGUUCAUGCAAGGAUGAGCCCAAAGAUUAAAGUCGGUGAUUUGCUCAUGGUAGUCAUCGGAGAGGAAGCCGACAUUCCAGUGGCAUCGCUAGUCAACGGACAUCACGAAAGACACGUUUGCAAAGUAACACACAUUGCGGACUAUUUGUACACACUUGAGGUCCUCUCGACACUUUCGUCACCGUUGGGAGUGUUGCCUCUACCGGAAAACGAACGGCCUACAGAGGUUUCGAAUACAGAAGUGGAAUGGAAAGAGGUCACGAUUCUUCAGUACACCGGUGAUACUGAUAAUCUUAACGAUACUGACCGAUCCGUCGCUCUGGCUAUGAUAUUACGCAGAAUCCCAUCCGUUUUAGACAUGAGGACAUAUCUGUUAGAUAAUCCAAGCCAGCGCCUUCCUUCGUGGGGUCGUCUUGAUAAGGACUCACUUACCCUUCUGCAGUGGAUCAUAUCCUCGAAUAGGUCUCUAAUUCUUCAGGACGACGCAGUACCGAAUCUAUUCAAGCCAGAAAAACAGCCCGGUGAUCCUCAAUCUCAAGUCACGGCGCCUCCCAACCCUCCCGACCCUCCCAACCCUUCCAACCCUCACAAGGUGAAUGGGUUGCAACCUCAAUGGAUGCAGUUUCGAUUCUUACAGGGGACUCCAGAACGAGAACGUCUUUUUAUGAAAGAGAUUAUGGCCGUAUCACAGUCUCGAGGAGAACAGAAACAAUUCCCUACCAUCUUUGCAUGGCAUGGUAGCAGCCUUCAGAAUUGGCAUAGCAUUAUACGAACUGGUCUCGACUUCAACACUGUCCAGAAUGGGCGCUCCCUUGGAGAUGGGGUGUAUAUGAGCAGUGAUUUUUCAGUGAGCCAGGGUUACUGCAGGAAACAGCCAUAUGCUGUAGAAACCAACUGGCCAAAUUCCCUACUCAAGCCUUUUUCUGCCAUCAGCAUAUGCGAGGUCGUUAAUCGAUGCGAUGAGUUUGUGAGAACAGCACCUCACUACGUGGUCAAUCAAAUCGAAUGGAUUCAGUGCAGAUACCUAUUCGUCUCUGUAGAUCCGACAGUGGAAGCGAUCCAAGAGCCAUUUCCCACCAAGCCCACAGAAACAUGCACGGGAUACGUGCCCCAGCAGCCCACGAGGGCGCUCUGUGCUUCAAGCCAUGUCAAAGUUCAGAUCCCCUUAUCAGCACUACCAUCUAACCGUCGGCACCUUGGCCAAAGUAAAAACAUGGCCAGCGACCGUGAACCAGGUGGAUCAUUGAAAACGCCGGAGAUAACCUAUGACAGCGACCAUGGCGACACGGAUCACGAAUUUCUUCUGGAUUCUGAAGAGAAUCAUGCCGACGAUGUUGUAAGGCUACCUGAUGAGAAUUCAGUCGCACGAUUCACGACUGACUUUGUGCCUGGCAGCCUAGAUCUGGAGUCUCUCCCCAAGCUCCCGGCUCCGAGCUGGGCUUCAACUUCUCCAACGGCACUCAAAACGCUAAACCGCGCCAUCAAGGAAAUGCAUGAGAUUCAACGUCGCGAAGACCUCGCAUCUCUCGGGUGGUAUAUUGACUUUGACAAGAUAAGCAACAUCUUCCAUUGGACAGUUGAGUUGCACAGCUUCGAAGUCGACCUUCCACUCGCGAAAGACAUGAAAGAGAAGGGGUGCACCAGCAUCGUGCUUGAAUUUCGUUUUGGUGCCAACUUUCCCUUCUCCCCGCCUUUUGUUCGCGUUGUACGGCCAAGAUUCCUGCCAUUCUCCCGGGGAGGAGGAGGGCAUGUCACGAUGGGGGGAGCGAUUUGUUCCGAGAUGCUCACAAACUCAGGCUGGUCGGCUGCGAUGACGAUAGAAAAGGUCAUUUUGCAGGUCCGCUUGGGAUUGGUAGAACGGGACCGUCCAGCAAGAUUGGAUCCGGCAAAGGGGACCAAUGAUACCAAUGACUACGGCAUCGGCGAGGCAAUCGAUGCUUACCAACGAGCCGCAAGAUUACAUGGCUGGCAGAUCCCUGAAGACCUUGCGACGAUCGGAGGCAGCUGGAUAACUGCGGCAGCUGAAGGUGAUGCGUAA